AUGACAAUCUGCGCUUCACCGUCGGACGGAUCCGUGCUAUCGCAUUCGAGUCGCCAUUCUCGACGCCGCCGAUUCCCCGCGAAGCAGAUCAACACCUCCUCCCGCCACGUCACCGGCUCCUUCAAAGACGCCAACAAGAUCAAGGAGCUCGCCCGCCACGUCGACUACCUCUCCGUCGAGAUCGAGCACGUGGACGCCCUCACCCUCGCCGAGAUCGACAUGACGGGCGUCUCCGUCACCGACGACGCGGGCAAGACGUCGACGAAAAAGGCCCACUUCGAGAAGGCCGGGAUCCCCGUUGCCCAGCAGAUCAAGCUCGACGCGGGCGAUAUCCAAAAGGCGUUGGCGCAGGCUGGAAAGCGCUUCGGCUAUCCCUUCAUCGUCAAGUCGAGGAACAAUAGCUACGACGGGCGAGGAAAUGUCGUGGUGGACAGCGAAGAGGACUUUGACGACGCCAUCGACGCCCUUGGAAAGGACGGGCUCUACGCCGAGAAGAUGGUCAAAUUCGUCAAGGAGCUCGCCGUCAUGGUCAUCAGGACCGAGGACAAGGGUGCCUCCAGGACCUACCCUUACCCCGCCGUCGAGACCGUCCACCAGGACAGCAUCUGCUCGACGGUAUACAUGCCCCCGCGAGGUGUCCCGCAAAAGAUCUGCCACCAGGCACAGGAGCUGGCCUCCAAGGUUAUCGGCACUCUCUGGGGACGGGGUGUCUUCGCCGUCGAGAUGUUCCUGACCGCGGAUGCUCACCCCCGCGCACCCUCCGCCAUCAUGGUCAAUAUCCUCGGCGGCGCCCAGCCCCAGGAUUACCAACGCCUCGUCGACCUCUGCGAAUCCACCUACGACGACGACAUGGACGUCCACCUCCACCUCUACGGCAAGGACUCCAAGCCCAGUCGCAAGAUUGGCCACAUCACGCUGACCGGCACGGGAUCGAUCGAGGAGCUGGAGAAGAAGGCCGCCGCGUUCGUGGCCCUCGCGAACACGAUCCGCGAUGAGCGCAUCGCCGCUGCUAGCGAGCAGCUCCGCCCUCAACAGGGUGGUGCGGCCACCCCGGCGCCUCCUGCCGUCGUGGUCUCCAAGACGGCCCAGGUGCUCGUCACCAUGGGCUCCGACUCGGAUCUGCCCGUCCUCAAGGCUGGCCUGGACAUUCUCAAGGACUUUGGCGUUCCCAGCGAAGUGCGCAUCACGUCUGCGCACCGCACGCCCAAUCUCAUGACGGAUGUCGCUGAGGCGGCUGCUGCGAGGGGCAUCAAGCCUCCCACACUCCUCCCUGUGAUUGGCGUCCCGGUCAAGGCCACCCAUCUCGAUGGCCAGGACAGCCUCUACAGCAUCGUUCAAAUGCCCCGUGGCAUUCCCGUCGCAACCGUCGGCAUCAACAACUCUACAAACGCCGCACUGCUCGCCAUCCGCAUACUCGGCGCCCACUACCCUGAAUACCAGGAGAAGAUGAGCGCAUACAUGAAGAAGAUGGAAACCGAGGUCCACGGCAAGGCUGCGCGUCUCCUCGACAUUGGCUACGAAGCGUACCUCGCCGGUAUGCCCAAGAAAUGA